CUACCACAAAAGCUUUUAACAUGCACUUAGUUCACUAGAGUACGCAAUCUUUACUAUGGUUGUACUGUCAGAAGCUUCAACUAGCUUGCAUGCCUAUACUCGCCCUAGACUAGAAGAUGAUCCUGGAGGGGAUUCACUGUAUCUCGCUCCAGGGAAAGACGCGGCUUUCUAUGAAAGUCUCCUAGUCCAGCAUGAGUCGCGUCUGUUUGAGACGGAUGAAUCUAUAUUUGAAAUAAUACGCCUACUCCAUGAUAAUGAAAGAUCGAUUCAUGGCCGUAUCGAAAUCCAAACUAUUUCGGAUAUGGGUAGCCUCGUCGUACAACUGGAGCGUCAAAGAAGCAAAGGCGAACAGCUAUUCUUCAUCAUUCCUCAACUUUAUUCUUGGGGACAGCUCCAGAUUACCAGAGAGGCCUUUCAACGAAUUCUUGUGUGCCAGCAAGUCUCAACACCUUUCUUAAACGUUGUGAAUGAAUUCGGUUCUAAGAUCCGACACGAAUUUCCGAGAUGUAAUACCUCGUUUUUCUGCAGCCGUAUGGAUUCUUGGCCGAACUUGGAAGGACAAGCAGCUUACGAGAGCCAUCAUGACUAUGAACUGUCGUAUAUUCUCCAAUUCGUGGAGAGGAAUGGCCGGAACCGAGGUAACCCCUGGUCUAUCCGACAAACUGGUGUCUACCAACAAGCGAAACUUGAUAAUCGUCAGUCGGUCUGGAUAUUUUUGCAGGUAUCGACGCCUACCAGGGGAGUUUUAGAGGACAAACUGCGGAGGCAAUUAAGUUGCCAUGGCGAGAGCGACAGUCCUGUUGCGCUCCACGCUCUUCUACUUAGGGCAACAGCAGGCAACUGGGGAGAGUACGUUCGAGGCCUUAGUGCGCAGCUUAGAGAUUUAGAUGAGAAAGCAUGUUUCUCUAAAAUAGGCAUCGUAGCUGCACAUGAUUACUCUGUCACUUUCGCAGAUAUGCAGGCUCUACAGAUAUUGCGACACAAAAUUCUCACAGUAUCUUUGAUUCUCAGCUCUUGCCUAGAUGUUGCAGCAAGACUAACAGAGCACUGCCAUAAGCUUGACGGAUCUGGUUUCUCUCCUAAGAGUGAACAAGUCCGUAAGUCGAUCGAGAUGUAUGCUGCAGACAUUCGUGUUCACCAGCAAAGUGUUGGAGUCCUGAUGGAGGCGCUGCAAGGCACGUAUGGCUUGCUAUCAAAGAUAAUUGAAUUCCGUAACAUCGAGAGUCUACGGCAUAUCACCGAGGCAUCCGAGAGGCAUCUUGUCUCUUUAGAGGACCUUACUUUGCGGAUCCGGAACGAGAAUCGCGACUCAGCUACCCUUGCUUCUCACGCUCAAAAGGACACAAAGGCCAUGAAGGCAUUGACCACGAUGGCUACUACGCUCCUUCCAGCGUCGUUGAUAGCAACAAUAUUCAGCUCGAACUUAGUCCAGCUAAAGCAGGACAGCAAUUCUGACGGCCAAAAGACGCACUUUGUCAUAGCUACCCAGUUCUGGAUAUAUGUCGUGGUCACACUAGCUUUGACAAUCAUUAUUCUAGGCUGUACACGCCUUCUGGAACGCCAGUGGAUAAGGAGUCUGUUUUAAGGCCUUCCAUCGCCAGAGCAGGCCAUGUAGGUUUUUGUCAGUCUAUUAUGUCCGAGCGUUGCGUUUUAGCUUGAUGGAUCCGCCAUGUUCAAUAUUAGAAAUGGAAGGAUCCAGGACCCAGGGACUGUAACCCAUACAAUUUAGGAUGGAUUUUGGGGAGUCCCCAUAUAAGCUCAACCGGCAACUAUUGAGGAGGGUUAAGUGACUAGUGGGGACGCUGGGGGAACCUAGAUAAUAAGGAGUGAUUAGGGACUCCGCUUCAACAAGAGUAUAC